UCAUCAUCAUCGUACUUUCCAUUGUCUUAUAUCUAUAAAAUAUAUACAUCCAUUUGAUUAAUCAAUCGUGACUACUAUCGGAUUAAGAUGGGUCUCAUACUUGGGAAAAUCACCGUCGAGACGCCGAAAUACGAAGCUAUUGCCGUCACCGACGACUACGAAAUUCGAAAGUACCCACCGUCGGUGAUCGCGGAAGUGACCUACAGCGCCGCCGAUUUCAAAUCCGGCAAAGACGGCGGCUUUACCAUCCUCGCCAGCUACAUCGGCGCCAUCGGCGAGCCGAAGAACGCAAAGCCAGAGAAGAUCGCGAUGACGGCUCCGGUGAUAACCAAAACGGCGUCGGAGAAGAUCGCCAUGACCGCGCCGGUGGUGACCAAGAAUGAAGGCGGAGGAGAGAUGGUGACGAUGGCCUUCAUUCUGCCAUCAAAGUACGCCAAAGCUGAGGACGCGCCGAAGCCGGUGGACGAGAGGGUGGUGAUUAGGGAGGAAGGGGAAAAGAAAUACGGCGUGACUCGAUUCAGCGGGGUGGCGCGUGACGACGUGGUGGCGGAGAAGGUGGAGAAAUUGAGCAAGUGCCUGGAGAGAGAUGGGUACAAGAUCGCCGGCGAUUUCUUGCUUGCCAGGUACAACCCUCCGUGGACUCUGCCGCCGCUGCGGACAAAUGACGUCAUGAUUCCGGUGGAGUGAGUUUUGGCCUUUGGGAAUUGGGAGUUGGGACCCCAUCUUCUUUGCAAAAAUUAAUACUUGUAGUUCUAUGCAAUAAACUAAUUCAUCAAA